AUGAAAACAAUUCAGGAUUUUCUGAUUCUUUCGACCACAAAAAUUCCAUUUACCGUCCCAGAAUUUAUGUCAAUAUAUUCUAUUAAGGAUGAUAAAUGGGAAAAAGAAGCGGAAUUAAGCUUGGUACAAAAUAAAUUUUCACAAAUAUUUUUUCAUUGUAGAGAAUUUAAAGAAGGGGAGACGAUAAUAGAUAUGUUUUAUUUAUCUGAAGGAAUUUAUAGAUAUUCGUUAAUAGUCCCUGAAAAUUAUGAUGAUAUGAUUGCCGUGGCAAAAAAAUGGCAUGAAACAUUUAGAGAACAAUAUCUUUUAUCUGGGAGGGAAAAAUCUAGUAAAGACGAUACAAUUAAUGAUUAUAAAAAGAAAUUUGAAAGUUGGAUAAGCGAAGAGAUUAAUAGAGUUGGCCAAUUUUGUGAUGAAUGUGAAAAAUUAAAUGUACUUUUUAAACAAUUUGCCCUCGUUGUAAAAGAUGAUUGGGAAACUGGACUAAAACCUAUUAUUCAUAUGAUUGAUAAAAAAUUUCAAAAGUCUAGUAAGA